AUGACGCCUCGCACGCGAACCAGCAAUCGAGAAGCCGAUUUUAAAGUGUAUUACUCGAAAAAAGUACCGCAGCAAAUACACUUCCCGCACAAGAGCAAGACGGUGCGCCGCCGCUCUACACCCAUACGCGAUAAUCAGGAGAAGCGACAAAUGGUAUUCCUGCCAGAUAAGAUGAGAAGGCAGACGAUGGGCGUUGUUAGCGACUCGGAUGAUGACAGUGAGGAUGUUGACACAGAUAUAGAGGAGGAUGCGGAGGAGAGAACUACGGACAAGUCGAAGCAGAAGGGCAGGAAGCGAGGUACCGGUAUCAUGCAUGAAGAGCAAGAUAGCGAACACGACGAUUCCACUCCACAUGAACCCAAGCAUCAAUCCAAAUCUGCGUCGUCAAAGAGCCAUCGUCGUACACGGCGCAUUCAGGGCACGUCUGACAAUGAGGCGAACAAGAUGGAUAGAGAGCGCGCGCUGAAAAGGCAGUCAACCAUGACGCAAUUGGUAGAUGGGCGAAAACCUUUGCCAGGCGUUGAAGAGCCUGAUUUUAAGCCUGUCAAGAAGACAUCACGCUUGAGCUGGGGAGGCAAGGGCAAAAGUGUCAAGAGAAGCAAGGAUCAGAAGCAGCGGACACUGACACAGAUGGUGCCUGGAAUGCGUCCGCUGGAGAUAAUGUCAGACGAAGAUAUGGAUGAGGCCCUUAGCAGUAUUGAAGCCGAAGAUAAAGACGGUCAUGCUUAUGGCCAUGCUGUGGCAUGGCGACUCGCACAGCAAGGCUUGUACCAGACAGGGGGCAAUGAUGGUGCGGUGGUGACUACUGAAAAAGCUAACGAAGACGCAAAACCAUUAUUGAUUGAAGAAAAGGAGCAUCAGUCUACGGCAGAUUCGCAAGACGUGAUCGAGUCCGCAUUGCAAUCAGUAGAAGAUUGUGACGACAGCUAUAGGCCAACGCAGUUCAUUGAGACUCCUUCCAGAAGAUCAGGCAGAGUGACUCGACGGAAUACGGUCACACAGGCCUCAAAAGUAGGAGAAACCUCGUCUGUUCGAUACAAAUCGGAAAGGUCGGCCAAGGCCCGAUUUAGUCUCCUGUCUACCCCCGAGAAGCGACGAGUUUGUGAGAUACCAUCUUCUCAAUCACCAGCAGAUUCGCCGCUGUCCACUCAAUUCACCCCUCAAAAGCUGAAUCAGUCGCCGCUAAAGCAAUGCACGGAAAACUCUAGCAACAAUGCUGUAGAAACUCCGUCAAAGCGGAAGCAAGUGAGUUUUGAGAUGCCGUCUAAGACUCCUAUACCUCCACCAAAACUGAGGAGAUUUGAGAGCACCAUCCAGGACUCCGAAGAUGAAGAUGAUGAUACCAUUGAAGAAGACGCGCCUCUGCCUAAACGAGCCAAGCAAGAAUUUGACGACGUGGGAUUUUCGGCACUGGGUAGAAGUGUUGGUACGGAUGCUCAAUCUAUGAUUGACCAAAUUGAUCGCGCGUGUGCCGAGGCCAACGACACUGGUGGUACAGUCUCGCCAGAGUCAUCGCCGGAACCAGACAGUCUUCCUGUUCUCCGAGGCCACAAAGAGCCCUCACCCGAAUUAGGAGACGUUCAUAAGCAACGGUAUAUUCGAAGCGAGUGGAUUAUCCAGAAAGAUCAUCUAGCUUACCACGAUGAGCCAACUCGGAUCAAGCAAGAGCCUGGAGGUACUGGGACUGAGGUGCCCACACAAACCAACCAGCUUCAUUCAACACCACCGAUUCUUGAAGCAGACGUCCAGGACACUUUCCCUUCUACCCCUAUGGCUAUGCCUGAAGAUUCUUCUGAUGAAGAGAUUUCAAUUAAAAAAGAGCCAAAUCCGUCACAAUUGGACAGGCGACCUUCCCUGCAGUCUGUAUCAGCCGGCAUGCAUCAAUCAACGGACCUUGACGGCGAAUUCGUCCAGGUCCCCCGCUCCCCAUCUCCGCAGCACGAGACUCAAGAAUCUCAUUCAAGCAAAGCAGAACAGCAACUACAGGACGAAUGGCUCUCGUACUCACAGUACAUGAAUGUACGGCCUUCCAAAUCAUCCAGCCUGCGUGUCAUACCCGACGCAUCUAGCUACAACGCCACGCCGUUACCACCUCUAAACACCGCACAACCUCUACAACAACAACAACAACAACAACACCACCACCACCAUUCAUCAGGAUACCGUCCCAGCCAAGCGACCACUGUCGAUGAAAUCACGCAGCGCACACCUCGUACCAAGCGAACCCAGAAUUUCUCAAGCACACACACUACUCCUCACCGCAUCGCUAGCUCCCAACCUGUUUUUAUUUCGCCGGGCAAACCCCCUCCCCUUUUCAUCCCAAGCAGUUUCCCCAGCCCGGGGAAAGCAGGUGCUGCAACCGAGGAGUGGAGUAGUCCUAUAGUGAGUAUGACACAAGGUGCGUAUUAUAGGAGUAGCCAAUGGGCGAGUUUGGAUGAUUUUAGUAUUCCACUUCCGCCGCCGCCGGUUGGUAAGGGGGAUGAUGAGGAGGAUGAGGAGUAG